UUUAAAGCUUCUUCUUCUUCUCAUCCUGUGUCACAGAAAGAUGGAGGAAAACAAGCGCCUCCUGAGUUUUGAUAGGUACAUGGAGGACUUCGGGGGAGAGAGGGAGUUCUUCUCCCUUCUGGAUGAGAUCUUUAAGGAGCACCUUCCCAUUCCUUUUCCUCCUCCAUCUUCUCCUCUGGAACAUCCUCCCUCACCUUCCCUUCCUUCUUUUUCUCCUGCUUCAUCUCCCCCUCCUCCUGUUGUUGUUUCUUCUCUGCCUUCACCUCAUACUCCCACUGCCCCUUCUCUGCCAUCAUCCCUUCUUCCUGGCACUCCACCUGCUGCUCCUGCUUCUGCUCCGGUCUCCAACCCAAACAAGAGAAAGCGUGAGCCCAAGCAGGAGGACCGACCCUAUGUGAAGAAGCCACCAAAUGCCUUCAUGAUCUUCCUGCGGGACCAGAGGCCCAAGGUGGUGGCUGAGCUGAAUUUGACAGACAGCGCUGCUGUCAACGCCAUCGUGGGCCAGAGGUGGAGGGAACUGUCUCCUGAGCAGCAGAACGUCUACUUCGACCAGGCUCACAAGGAACAGAGGCUCCACGAGCAGCAGCACCCGGCCUGGGUCCCCAACUACAACCGCAAGGCAAAAGGUGUUAAGGAGGAGCCAGCCGCUAGCUCCGCAGCGUCCAGCAGCCCAGGGGGGAGCAGCCGCAGCCAGUGACCAACAUCUGGAAUAUCUUUUUAUAUGUAGUAUGUAA